AAAAAAACAGUUACUUUCUCCAGAGUGUCUCAUGGAGCUUCCUUUGGUGCUGAUCAGCAGCUGCUGGUUCAACUCAAUGAAUUUAGUAAAUUCCAUCUAAAAGAAGCAGAUCUGAAUGACUGUCAGAUUAUUUUUGUGUUCUGUAUCAUCAACACUCGCAUAGAGUCUGAUGUUAAGGCUGCCAUGGAACAAAUCCCAGAAUCAGCUGGUGAUAAACCUGUGAUUCUUGUUCUGAUGCACCACAAAAGAGACAUCGACUUUACAACAACAAAUUACCAGAGGGAAUGGAAGGAAAAAUAUGAACGGGUUCAGCUUGAUGUGGAAGUUCUCUUUCACAGAACUGAAGGAGGGUUACUAAGAUGUAAGAAGAACAAACAAGCUGUUGAAGAAAUAAAAAAAGUGCCAUGUGGUUCUUCCUGUGGUGCGGAUCAGAAGCUGCUGGAUAAACUUAAUAAAUCUCGUGAAAUCUACCUGAAAGAAGCAGAUGCAAUACAUCAAAAUGAAUGUCAGAUUAUUUUUGUGUUCUGUACCAUCAACACUCGCAUAGAGUCAGAUGUGGAGGCUGCCAUAGAACAAAUCCCAGAAUCAGCUGGUGAUAAACCUGUGAUUCUUGUUCUAAUGCACCACACCAGAGACAUCAACUUUGAAACCACAAGGAAGAAAUGGACUGAAAAAUAUGAACAAGUUCAGUUUGAUGUGGAAGUUCUCUUUCACAAGAGUAAGAAAGGAUUACUGAGAUGUGAGAAAAACAAACAAGCUGUUAAAGAAAUAAAACACUUCCUGAAAAAAAACAGUCAUACAAAUGAGGAAUAAACCAGGAAAUGAAAAAAAAAGAGAUAAUGGUGAAAAAAGCUGGGAUCAUCUGUGACUCGAGAAAACAGAGAUAGUAUAAAAAAAAAA